AUGACUCCCUACUUCGACGUCUCCCAUCUCCCCUCGUCAGCCUCCUUCUUCUCGGCCGUCCUCCAACCCCUGGGCAUCCACUACAUAUCUACGGGUGCGCAGACCGCUCCUCCGUACAACUCCAACGCCAACGAAGCCGUCGACAGCGAUUCCAAGACGACCAUCACCACCUCGAGCCCUGGCAGACUUCCCAACACCGUCACCUACGGUAUCCUGUCCCCGCUCACCCCUGUUUUUCAGAUCCGUGAGGCCCGCAUUUCCAUUGAACCCCUGAAGCGCUCUCGCGCCGUCUUUUCUGCUCCCUCGCCCAACGCCGUCACCGACUUCCACGCCUUUGCCGUGCGGGCCAAUCCGAGCCUGUUGUCUAGCGUCCCGGCUGACCAGCUCUCUCGUCCCGCUUUAAUCACUCAAAGUGGCGAUCUCCACCGGGCCACUGUGACCGACCUGGACGGUAACAUCAUGGAGGUUGUAUAUCAACCCCCUCCUAACUACCCUCCCUCUCACGCUGGUUCGACUGUUCGAAAAACACAUUCUACCACCGAGGAGGCUGGUCACAUUCUGGACUGGAACUACGACGUUGCAGCCUCCGAGCCGCCGCCGCCUUCUGUUUCGGGUUCUGUAACUGCCGGAUCCUUUUCUUCUGCCUUCGCCAUGGCCGCUCGCUCUGGUUCAUUUCCUGGUGACGAACCGUACACAAUGCUCCGUCGAAGCGUCACCACCUCGGUCAUCGAAUCGCCGUCCAAGAGAGACGAGGCGCCUGCGCUACCCUCUCCAUCGAGCGGAAUCCCUACUAAUACUAUCGUCGGGAGUCUUUUGGGUGCAGCUGUUGGCGCCGCCGCCGGCGCUGCCGUCACAUACGGAAUGAUGCGCAAGGAACGUGCACGAGCUCCGCGCCAGGAGUUUGACGGCUCCGGCACCGCCCCCCCGUUUCAACGCCGUGCCACUUUCCCCGAUCAACAUGCGGUUCCGCAGGCCGGACGCUAUGUCGAGGUCGAGAGAACCGUCGAGAAAAUUCGGUAUCCAGAGGCUUACCCGGCCCUGUCCGACAACCGAGCACCUCCGCAGUACAUGGCCAGGUACAGCCAGGUCGGCGCCCGAAGCCGUGCGGCCGAUGACUUGUACGACGACACCCGGAGUCGACACUCGUCUCGCUACCAACUCGAAAGGGGAAGCAGUGUUCGUUCGCGCAGCCAGGCCGCUGUUCCCAGGACAGGUCCCCUGAUGCUCACUGAUUACGAACACCAGAGUAAUGCAGGCUCGAGACACAGCAUGGCCGGCAGGUCAGCCGUACCCCGUACCGUCGUCGACGAUACCGGAACGUACGUCUCAGCCCGAAGUGGAAGGUCUCAGUCCACCGUCCGCCCGCCCCCUCCCACUGUCGAGACGAUUCUGGGCGGGCGGAGUGUAGCACCCAGCCUUGCGCCCAGUGGCGCCCCGACCAAGACCCCGAGCCUCGUCCCGAGCCGCGCACCCAGUAAAGCGCCGACCAUGGCGCCGAGCAGGCCUCCGACUGUUGUGCGUAGCAGAGCUCCAACAGUGGCCCCCAGCCGGGCCCCGAGUAUGGCUCCCACUCAGGCGGUGCCGGCUACUGUUGUACCUAGUAAGGCACCGAGUAGAGCACCGAGUAGAGCACCGAGCAGAGCACCUACCAGAGCACCUACCAGAGCCCCAACGGUUGUCCGAAACUCGCAACAGGUCUUUGCCUAUCCCCCUGCCACGCGAGCACCAACAUAUGUGUCGACACGCGGCAUUCCCCCGCCAAAGAGCCAUAUUGACAGUGGUCGAAGUGUCUGGGAAGAUGACGCUGUCAGUGUGGCACCAAGUGAUAGCAUCAGCUGCAUCGGCAGCAAGACGAGCAGACACCAGUAUCAUUGA